UGUAAUCAAAUUGUCUGUCAUCCAUUGAUCUCCCAUUCGAUUACGCAAUCGAUUCUUGACAAUAUCUUCAUAGCAGAAAAGAUCUCUCAGUGAAUAAAAUUCACACAUGAUGAUAAACCCUAAUAUGGGAUCAGUACAAGCUAACAUGAGAAUGGUUGCGAGUAAUAAAGAUCUCCAACUGCGACAAUGUCGACCCUCAAAAUCUACAUUCAACUGCUUUUCGUAUAUUUUCACUCACAACCCUGUUGUUCGUGUUGGCGCCAUUGUUUUUUUCGAUUAGGUUUCUGUCCUAAGCAUUAAUUAAACCCACCCACACAAGCCUUCUUAUGGCUUUCUUUAAUUAAUCCCCAACCGCAAUUUCAUGCUCAUUCUCAGCUUAAUACCUCUCUCUCCAUCUGAAAACACCACACCCCUAACAAUGGCUUCUACUUCUCUUUACUCUUGCAAUCAUCUCCUCCUCGCUGUCCUAGCUUUCUUUGUUUCAGGCCUAAUCUUGUUACUUUCCAUCAAAAGAAAAACAAAACGCUUGAAUUUACCUCCUGGACCGCCCGGAUGGCCGGUUGUAGGCAAUCUUUUUCAGUUUGCUCGUUCUGGGAAGCAAUUCUUCGAAUAUGUGGAAGACCUUCGCAAAAAAUAUGGUCCAAUAUUUACCCUCAAAAUGGGGACAAGAACACUGAUUGUCAUCAGCAAUGCUAAGUUAGUCCACCAAGCACUUAUUGAAAAGGGUCCUCUGUUUCAUUCCAGAUCGAGAGAGACCCCGACCCGUACCAUAUUCAGCUGUAACAAGUUCACUGUUAAUGCUGCUGUCUAUGGGCCAGUGUGGCGGUCCCUGAGGAGAAAUAUGGUGCAGAACAUGCUCAGUUCAAGCAGGAUUAAGGAGUUUCGGGAGAUGAGAAACGUUGCCAUGGAUAAACUAAUCAAUCGACUUCGAGAAGAAUCCGAAGCCAAUGAUGGUGCUGUUUGGGUGCUCAAGAAUGCCCGUUUCGCAUUUUUUUGUAUACUCUUAGGGAUGUGUUUCGGAAUCGAAAUGGACGAGAAGACGAUUGAAAAAAUGGAUGAAUUGAUGAAGACUGUGUUGAUGGUUCUUGAUCCGAGAAUCGACGAUUAUCUCCCGAUUCUAAGCCCCUUAUUCCCGAAACAGAGAAAGCGAGUUCAAGAAGUUCGACAACAACAAAUCGACUUCAUUGUACCCUUCAUCGAGCAGCGACGCCAAGCCCUCAAAAACCCAGGAUCGGACAAGACCGCCAUGUCUUUCUCCUACCUCGACACAUUGUUCGACCUCAAAAUCGAAGGCCGGAAAUCCUCACCCUCACAGGCCGAACUCGUCUCACUCUGCUCGGAGUUCCUCAACGGCGGCACCGACACGACGGGGACCGCAAUCGAGUGGGGAAUAGCAGAGCUGAUUUCGAACCCCGAAACCCAAUCAAAACUCUAUGAUGAAAUCAAACAAACAGUUGGCGAUCGAAAAGUAGACGAAACGGACGUCGACAAAAUGGUGUACUUACAAGCUGUGGCGAAAGAACUGUUACGCAAACACCCACCAACGUAUUUCUUACUGACACACGCAGUGACGGAGCCGGCGAAGUUAGGAGGUUACGAUAUCCCAACAGACGCAAACGUGGAGAUAUACUCGCCCGGGAUAGGUAAGGAUCCGGAGAUAUGGUCGGAUCCGGAGAAGUUCGACCCGGAAAGGUUUUUAGAGGAGGAGGAGGAGGAGGCCAGAAUUAAAAUGACGCCGUUCGGGGCGGGGAGGAGGAUAUGCCCUGGAUCGGCAAUGGCGACAGUUCACGUGCAUCUGAUGAUUGCACGGAUGGUUCAGGAGUUUGAAUGGAGUGCGUACCCAGCGGGAAAGAAGCUGGAUUUUAGUGAGAAAUUUGCAUUUACUGUGGUGAUGAAGGACCCACUGAGGGCAAUGAUCAAGCCUCGGGUUUAAUUAGGUAAGGGGGAGACUAAUUAAUACUGAUAUAUACUUAUAAAGGAGUAAUGGUUUGGGUUUAAUUAAAUAAGAGGGAGAUUAAUUAAUACUGAUGUAUACUUAUAAAGGAGUAAUGGUUUGGGUUUAAUUAACUAAUUAAGUAAGAGGGAGAUUAGUUAAUAUUGAUAUAUAGUAAUGGUUUUUGCUAAUUUGUUUUACCAGAAAAUCUUAUAUUUGUUAUGUCUAUUUUUAAU